AUGAGCAUAGUGGAUGCAUCUGUUGUAUGGAACAAACGCAGUGUUGAUCCGUGGAAUCGAGUGACCUGCUGCAAAGAACCCGUUCUAACUGUCAUCGAAUUUUGUCAGGUACAAGGUCCGCGACCACUGUAUACACAUCCAGCAAAUACUGGCCCACAUCUUGAUCUGGAUAGCGUUGCAAUUUGGUUGAUGAGUUCGGAAGCGAUCCAUGGCUCCAGUCUGAUCGUCUACAAUCAACAGAUGGCCAUUUAUGCAUGUGUCCACCAUUCCACUCUGCUGGAUCUGCAUGCUCGAGCAUUUCAGCGGCCGAUAUCAAUAGCUCUGCUAACGGCUGUGAAACCAACUACGGCAAUUUUUAAGAAAUUUAAUGAAAUCACUCGUCGAUUACUUUCGCCAUUACUGGUCUGCAAUCGAACAUUAUUCAAGUUUGCUUCUUUUCCUUCCUUUAUGUUCUCUUAGAU